AUGAAGAACAAUCUCGUGACUAACGGCACCAAGCUCAUCCUCCUGCACCCUUACAUCCAAAAGCAAGGCAGUCCCACCACCCGCUUCUGGCUUCUCGCCCUCUUCUCCCUCGCCACCCUCAUUUCCCUCGCCACCCUCCUCUACACCACCCGCGACCAUCACUCCUCCAAUAUUCCUCCCAUCUCUGUCAACCCGUCGUCCUCCUCGUCAUCCCUCCCGCCAGCUGUCUCCCGCGCCCUCCUCCACUACGCCACGUCACCCAACACCUCCUCCACCGACCGCAUGCCCCACACGGACGCCCGCCAGGUGGCCGACGCCAUCCGCCAGUGCCCCUCCUCCCCGUGCAGCCUCCUCGUCUUCGGCCUCACCCACGAGACCCUCCUCUGGCGGGCCCUCAACCAUGCGGGCCGAACCGUCUUCGUCGACGAGAACCGGUACUACGCGGCCCACGUGGAGGAGCGCUACCCGGACGUCGAGGCCUACGACGUGCAGUAUGCGACGCGGCUGGCCGACGCCGCCGAGCUCGUGCGGUCCGCGCGGGAGGCGGCCCGCAACGAGUGCCGGCCCGUGCAGAAUUUGCUCUUCUCGGAGUGCCGUCUGGGGCUCAACGACCUGCCCAACCAGAUGUACGAGGUCGAUUGGGAUGUUAUCCUUGUGGACGGGCCGAGGGGGUACUGGCCCGACGCGCCUGGAAGGAUGGCAGCAAUUUUCACGGCUGGGGUGCUCGCGAGGAGCAAGAGGGCGGGGGGAAACCCGAGGACUCACGUGUUCGUGCACGACUAUAAUAUGGAGGCGGAUAGGGUCGCCAGCGAUGAGUUUCUUUGCAGGGAGAAUUUGGUGAGGUCGGCUAAGGGUUCGACGAUGGCCCACUUCGUGAUCGAGAGGAUGGAUAGCGGGUCGACCCAAUUCUGCCGGGGCGGGGCACAGAAGUCCGCGGGUCCAGCUAAUUGA